AUGGCCUCACAGGCUAAAACUCGUCUCCAUUCUUACGUGGCCCAGCUUCAGGCCCGCCGGGCCGCCGCCCCCUCCAAACAGGAGGGCAGUGGUGGGGAGCCGGCGGCGGCGGCAGCACCGCCGACAGCGGGACCUGCCGAUUCUUCAGAGCAGCAGCCUGAAGAUGCCGCCCCUAUCCCAGAUGCUGUGGACACGAGUCCAAGGCAGGAGACAGUGAUGCAGCCCGGCAGCAGCGGCGCCGUGCCGGCGGGCGCCUCGGAGCCCGCGCCAACGCAACCGCCACAGUCGGCGGCAGAGCAGGCACCCGAGCAGCCGGAGGAGCCCCAGCAAGCGGCUGCCGGCACAAUCGAUGUGGUGGACCUCACCGCAGAAGACAGCAACGAGGGCGACGGCGGCGGCGAGGCAGCACCCGUCGCUGCGGGUGCAAGCCAUGAUGAGGUGGCACCCGCUGCCCCUUCCGGCUCCAUCAGCCCGCUGGCCGCCCUGCGCCAGUUUUUCGGCUUGGGGGGCACCAGCCAGCAGCAGCAGCAGCAGCAGCAGCAGCAGGCCCCGGCCCGGCCCACCCCUCUCUCCCAGGAGCAGGUUGCAGAGCAGGUGCUGCUGCAGGCAGCACAGCAGCAGGCACACCAGCAGCAGCAGCAGCAGCAUGAACAGUGGCUGCACUACCAGCAGGCAGAUGCGCAGGCUGAGCAGCAAGCGCAGCAAGCCCUGGCGCUGCACAUGCAUCGCACCCUGGAGCAGCAGCAGCAGCUGCAGCUCCUGCAGCAGCAGCGGCGCGGCGCCACAGUCACCACCGGCCACCCCGGCGGCGGCUGGGCACAGGGGCCGCCGCCGCAGCCCGGCUUCAACCCUUUGAUGAUGGCCCGCCCCCUGCCUCUGCAGCCGCAGCCGCAGCAGCAGGCCAUGCCGCCAGGCUUCAUUCCGCCCGACAUCCAGGCCCGGCUGAACGCCUUCCCGCUGCCCGCCAAGCUGCAGCACCAGCUGGCCGAGUUCCAGCAGCGGCACGCCGCCCAGCAGGCGCAGCACGCGCUCGCGAUGCAGCAGGUGCAGGCGCAGCAGCGCCAGCGCAGGCUGCCAGACCUGCUGGGCGGCGACCCAGGCGUGCGGGCGGCGGCAGCAGCGGCCGCGGCAGCCGGCGGCCGCGGGCCGGCGCCGCCCAACGGCGCCGCCGCGCCCGUCAGCAAGGACAAGGCUGCCGCAGUCAAGGUUCUCAUUGAUGGGCUGCAGCUGGCGGGCGGCACCGACGAGCGGGACCCUCCAGAGGGCGUGAUGCUGACGCCGCUGCUGCGCCACCAGCGAGUGGCGCUGGCCUGGAUGUGCGGCCGCGAGGCGGGGCAGCACCCGCGGGGCGGCAUACUGGCAGAUGACCAGGGCCUGGGCAAGACUGUGAGCACCAUUGCGCUGAUCGUCACCAACAGGCCGCUCCAGGCAGGGCAGGGCCAGCCCACACGCCCGGGCGCACCGCAGCAGCAGCAGCAGCAGCAGCAGCGGCAGCAGGCAGGGCGCAAGCGGCAGCGCCCAGGCGAGGGCGGGAGCACGCCGGGGCCCAGCGGCGGCAGCAGCCGGGCCAGCGGCAGUGGCGACCAGGGCGGCAGCGGCAGCAGCAGCGACGAAUACCCCAGCAGCAGCGACGAUGACGCGGAGGAGGAGGGCGGCGGCAGCCGCGGGCGCAGCCCCGCCGCGGCGGCCGCCAACGGCGGCGGCUCCGGCGCCGGCGGCAGCGGCGGCGCCGGCGGCGGCGCCGGCGGCGGCAUCAUUUACCUGGACGGGGCGUCGGAGGUGGAGGAGGAGGAGGAGGAGGGCGAGGGGCGGGUGCGCGGCGGCACGCUAGUGGUGUGCCCCACCACCGUGCUGCACCAGUGGGCGGCAGAGAUACGCUCCAAGGUGCACCCUCACGCGGGCCUGUCGGUGCACGUCUACCACGGAAAGGGCAAGGCGGUGAGCGCCCGCUCGCUCAGCCACUACGGCGUGGUGCUGACCACCUACCAGACAAUGGCGCUGGAGUCGCCGUGCAGGGAGGGCCCCGCCGGCGGCAGCAAGAAGCAGGCCUCGCCGGGCGCGGCGGACGCGGCGGCGGCGCCAGACUCUAUCGAGGACAAGAUCCUGGCGCUGCAGGAGCGCAAGCGCGGCGUGAUUGCGGCGGCGUUUGGAGAGGACGGCGCGGGCGGCGGCGGCGGCUUCAACGCCCGCCUCACCGCCGACGACCUGCGCUACCUCUUCUCCUGACCGCCGCGGCGGCAGCUGGCGCACGCAGGCGUGGCCUUUCGGCAGCGCCAGCCAGGACCCUGCGUUCCCAGCCGCUGCUGCGACGAGGAGCACUCGAGCUAGAAUAGAGCCGGAUGGCGGCGGCAAGCGCCCUGCGGUGCGGCAUUUUUGGUGCUGCACGACCAGCCGAUCCUGGCCAUUGCUGCCCUUCUCUCAUUCUUUGAUCCGUUCGCAGCUAGAGUGCUCCGUCACACUCGCAACUUAGGCACCGCACAGAUUCCACUGCCCUUGUGUAAAUCGUCAGCACAAC